GCCGCGGCUCCUCCCGCUGGCCGGCGCGGCCGUCACUGGAGCGCGGCGGUCCCGCCGCCGGUCCCGCUGCCGGGUGUUCCCUGCCGGGUGUUCCCUGCCGGCCGGAGCGAGCGCUCCCCGGACCGGCCCUUUAUGCUGGCUGCCGCUGCUGCCAGGCUCCUUCCUUCCUUCCUCGCUGCUGCCUGCGGGGCGUCGCUGCGCGGGGGCCAUGGCGGGGGCGCCCGGCGGGCCGUAGGUGUGGAGCUCAGAUCCAACACAAGACUCAUGUGAGCUUGCCACAUCUUGCCUAAUGGAAUAGCUCAUCCUCGCGCUUCUGUAAGAGAAGAGAUUUGGAUUCUUUCUGGUGGCAGUGAUCCUACCCACUCAGUGAGUUUCCAUGGGGUACAGAUCAUGUGACUGGACUGCAUUUGGGUAAAGGAUGAGUUCAGUGUUUCUCUGAGGAGUCUUCCAACACAUUUUCCAAAUUACCUUUUAAUGGUUUUCUAAGUGAGCUUAUGUGGAACAAAUAGUCCUGGAUCAUGAGUGAAGAAAAGAACUUUGGUGCAUCCCAGAAGAUGCUGUCUCCUUCAAGAAGCACUAGCAGCUGCUCCUCCAAGCAGGGAAGUCGACAGCCUUCUUCUUCUUGAAUCUCUCUUAACAAUUCAGUUAUUUGGAAGAAAUAAGAUCUACAUUUGGAUUUUCUGUUUAAGCAGGACAGCUGGGAAAUUGUAGAAGGACUCCGGGGAGCAAUGAAUUGUACCCAGGAGCCACAGAAGCAGGAGGGCUGCUUGCUGAAAAAGAGGAAAUGGCCUCUGAAAGGCUGGCACAAGAGAUAUUUCUUUUUGGACAGAGGGAUUUUGAAGUAUUCUAAAUGCCGAGCUGAUAUAGAGAGAGGAAAACUUCAUGGCUGUAUUGAUGUUGGACUUUCUGUCAUGUCUGUAAAGAAAUCAACAAAAUGUAUAGAUUUGGAUACAGAGGAGCAGAUAUACCACCUGAAGGUGAAGUCUCAGGAGCUGUUUGAUGAAUGGGUAGCGAAGCUUCGCCAUCACAGAAUGUACCGCCAGAAUGAAAUCUCCAUGUUUCCUCACGACGCCAACAACAUUUUCUUCCCUGUGUCUACUACCACGGACUCUGUCCCAGGUUUCUGUGAUCCUACACCAGGUAGAAAGGCAGGCAGCUUGACCAAACAGAAUUCAACGUCAACUGGAGGUAACUUGUCAUUUUCUUUUUCGAGUAAUGAGUCCAGGAUUUCGUCUUGGCUACAGUCUUCUGAAGACAUGGAAAAAUGCUCAAGAGACCUCUCCAACUGUCACACAUACUUACUGGAAAUGAACCAGCUGUUACAGAGCAUGGAUGUUCUUCACAGGACAUAUUCAGCGCCUGCUAUAAAUGCUAUGCAGGUUGGACCUUUUGAAAGCCCAAAGAAGGAAAAGAGAACACACAGGAGGUGGCGAUCCAGAGUUGUUGGGAAAGAGGCUAAAGGAAUGUUACAGGUGCCUUCAGUAUUUUCUGCCCCUAUGAGACUGCAUGCUUCCAAUCCAAACUUAUCUACAAUAGAUUUUGUAGAGGAGAAAAAUUACUCAGAUGGCUCUGAAACAUCAUCAGAAUUUACUAAAAUGCAAGAGGACUUAUUUCACGUUGCACAUAAAGUUUACUUCACCUUGAGGUCAGCUUUCAGCACCAUAUCUACAGAGAGAGAAAAGCUGAAGCAGAUGCUGGAGUACGAUGCAUCCUCAUCUCCAUCUGCACAAAUAGUGGGCUUGAAGAAUGCCUUAACAUCUGCAAUAGCACAAAACACAGAUCUUAAAGACCGGUUACGCAGAAUACAUGCCGAAUCUAAGAUCAUUGAUUCAGCAUCUAAUGCAAAAUCAAGCCCAGAUUUGGUGAAGGAAAAUUCAAGAGAAGAAGGCAGAGGUCUGGUUCACCAGGUCUCCAAUGAAAGCAGACUGUCUAUCGCUGACUCUCUCACAGAAUUUUUUGAUGCACAGGAAGUCCUGCUGUCUGCUAGUUCUUCAGAAAAUGAGGUAUCAGAUGAUGACUCAUAUGUAAGUGAUAUCAGUGAUAAUGUCUCAGAAGAUAACCUAAGCAAUGACAUGGAGAAUGAAAGACAAACUUUAGAUUGUAUUUCUGAAAGCGGAAUCGGAUGCAAUUCUAAGCGGAGAACGUGUUUGCCCGCUCCAUGUCCUAACACAAGUAACAUCAGCCUGUGGAAUAUCCUGAGGAAUAACAUAGGAAAGGAUCUCUCCAAAGUGGCCAUGCCUGUGGAGUUAAACGAGCCCCUGAACACCCUGCAGCGCCUCUGCGAGGAGCUGGAGUACAGCGAGCUCCUGGAUAAGGCGGCGCACACACCAAACCCCUUCGAGCGCAUGGUGUACAUAGCUGCCUUUGCAGUCUCUGCCUAUGCAUCCAGUUACUACCGAGCUGGAAGUAAGCCAUUUAAUCCUGUGCUUGGAGAAACCUAUGAAUGUAUCCGUGAAGAUAAGGGUUUCCAGUUCUUUGCAGAACAGGUCAGUCACCACCCACCUAUUUCUGCAUGCCAUGCUGAAUCUGUGAAUUUUGCUUUUUGGCAAGAUGUCAGAUGGAAAAACAAAUUCUGGGGAAAGUCCAUGGAGAUUGUUCCAGUUGGCACAACGCACGUAACCCUUCCAGCUUUUAAAGACCAUUUUGCAUGGAACAAGGUGACAUCCUGCAUCCAUAACAUCUUAAGUGGGCAAAGAUGGAUUGAACACUAUGGAGAGAUUAUCAUAAAAAAUCUUAAUGAUGACACAUGCCACUGCAAACUGACUUUCAUAAAGGCAAAGUAUUGGAAUCCAAAUGCACACGAGAUUGAAGGCAGUGUCAUGGAUAAAUCUGGGAAAGUUGUGCAUCGACUCUUUGGGAAGUGGCAUGAAAGUUUAUACUGUGGGACAACUUCAUCUUCAAACUGCAUAUGGAGAGCAAAUCCAAUGCCUAAAGAUUUUGAACAGUGGUAUGGAUUUACACAAUUUGCACUGGAGUUAAAUGAACUGGACCCACAAACUAGGUCAUUACUCCCAUCCACUGAUACACGUUUUAGGCCAGACCAAAGGUUUCUAGAAGAAGGGAAUAUUGAAGGAGCUGAAAUGCAAAAGCAGAGGAUCGAGCAGCUGCAGCGAGAACGACGGAAGGUGCUAGAAGAAAACAAUCUAGAGCAUCAGCCUAGAUUUUUCAGGAAAUCCAGCGAUGACUCCUGGGUGAGCAAUGGAACCUACAUGGACCUUAGGAAAGAACCUGGUUUUUCCAAACUGGACAAUCCUGUCCUCUGGUGAAAGAGGAGCUAAGUGAAGAUAUUCUGUGCUGUAUUCUUGGAUCUGAUUUAAAAGACAUAUAUAUAAAAUAUAACUAUAUAUCUAUAUGAACACACAUAUAUAUACACACACACAUACAGAAUAUGUGUGGUGUGAGCAUAUGUGCAAAUGUGCAUAUCUCCAGAAUCAUGCUUAAUUUAGAAUCUGAUAAUUCAUUUGUUUCCUUCACUCAACUAUUGCAGUGAUUGUUUGAAUGUAUAAAUAUCCUAACUUCCUUUUAUAAAAUAUUUAAUAAAUAGUACUGAAUGUUAACAGAUGGAAAAGAGAGGAGCUUUCACACUACUUUUUCAAUGUGUUCUGAGUUAAAUUAUGCCUUACUGAAUUGCAUUGGAGACAGUAGCAUCAGCAUCUCCUAGCCGUGCUGAGGAAGAGUGCAAGCCUUAGUAACUCAAACUGUAGGUGGGCUUCCACAGUGCAAUGAGUAGUUCAGCUGUCUCUGGGCUGCUAUAAAUUGCUAAAACAGAUUAUCAGCUGGUGCUGGAAUCUGACUAUGAUCUUUUGCUGUCUGCAGGAAAGAUUUAAGUAAGCUUUUGAUUCUAUUAACUUUCUUCUUAGCUUUAUGGGAAAGGUAGUUCUGAGCUUACGUUGGUGGUUCUACUGCCUUAUAACAUAAACUGUACCUGGUUAAGUGUAGUGCUAGAAAGUCAGGAAUCGCCAAAAUUUUCCACUGGGAAAAAUUUUCACUUCAAAUUUAUAGCCCCCAACAGGGCAAGAAGAGGAGAUCAUUUGUAUAUACUCCUUGAGCACUGACUAGAUGAAGAAGCUCUCUCUUUUUCCAGUAAGUGAAAUCUUAUACAGAGCACGAAAUCCUGUGCUUCCAUAGCUUCAUUUGUUUUUAUUCACUUAAAAAUUUCAACAGUAAGACUUUUUAAAAAGUAAGCAAACUGAUUAUUUUAAGCUAGAAAUUUUUUCCUAGUAUUUUGAUAUUUUCUACCUCUUAAGAAAUAACGUAUUUAAAAUCUUAUAUUUAAAAAAUUACCAUCUGCCUUAUGGAGAAGUGUAUGGAGUCUUUGAUCUUCCUCUGUUUGUUUGUUAAGUUCAGACAAAUAUUUAACCGUUGCACUAAAUCAGUUGCAUCCCUUUCCUGUAAUUUUAUAUGUAUGGUUCAAUUUGUGAAGCUACUAAACCAUAGGUCAGAAAUUUAACAGGGAGCAAAUGUAGCAGAAGCCUCACUUUUGAAUGAAGAUUAUAGACAUGGGCAGUAUUGUUGGGUUUUUUUCCCAUCAAAUCACAAUGCCAUAGUCAUGAACAGACUAAUUUGCAUUACAAAUUAUCUGCAACCCAAGCCUCAUCCAUGGUUCUUCAAAUCUGCUCUGUGUGUCUGCAACUCUCUGGCAACAACACAGUUUUCUGUGUGAUAGAUCUGCAUCCUGUCACCACACCCUUCUCUUUUCUUUACCUGCCACUGUAAAGACACAAAAUAAGCCCAAAUGCUGGCAUGUUAAAUUGGCUUAUGACUGGAACAACUGGACAUGGUAUGGAUAAAGUAGACUCCUAGGAGGACAGACUAAUAGCUUAGAAAAGCUUGCACUUUACUGCAAAAUGUGCUGCAUUGUUCUAGAGAAAAUCUAUUAAAAAUGGAUCUAUGUAUUAUAUAUAACAUGAAGGAAAUACUAUGAAGGUUUUAAUUUUGAACAAAAUCUGUAGUGUCAGAUUACAUGUAUAUUUGAACUUUGCUUUCUAUUACCUUGAAGCCUCAUUGUCUCAGAGGCAGAUGAAUGCUUUUUUACAAUUUUUCAUUUUGCCCAGGAUCUCUCCCUCACGAUCAUUUCCAUAAUUUAUUACCAAAGAAAUUAGCAUAAUUAUAUCUAAUUAAUAUGUCUUUGAAAAACUUGGCUACCAUGGCAGAAGCUUUAAACAAGGCAAGGUUCACACUUACAUGAAGACAAAAUCUGGGCUUUGAUUCCAAAGGAAGUCUUAAAAUUUGGGGGCUGUUUGGCUUUUCAAGAAAAAUGAGGUUCUCUUCAUGCCUUGUUCCCUUCCUGUCUUUUAUCCUUGUAUUAACUGUCAAAACCUGCACAGAAAUGAGCUGAUAAUUGCAAUUAUCCUUGCUGUUGGUAAUUACAAUUUAUACUAAAAUUAAAGUUCAUUUAAAAACAAAAGAGGGUAGAGGAAAUAAAAGCUUUUAAGAAAAGGAGCAAAAUUUGUGGAGGCUGCAUUAAGCUUGCUCAUUGUCAUAUUUGGCAGCUACUGUGAUACUGCCUGAUCUGAUUGCUGGGUUUGUAUAUUCUGUGUGUGGAGGGGAUUCCCCCACACAGGUAUUAAACAAAACAAGUCUCAUAUGGGGUAUUUGAGUCAUGAUUUUUGAGAAAUCAGACUGGCAGUGCCAAGUCUGAUUUCUCUAACACUCCAAACUUUCCGAAACACAUGGGAUGAAUGACAAGAAGCAUUGGGGUGAGCAGUGCCUUAUAUAAAAACUUGUUCAUCAAAAUUUCUGUAUCAAGAAAGUAAACUCCAGAAUUUUAGCACUGUCUCCAUAAAAAUGACCGAGAAUAAUCCAGGGCAUUUCUUAAAUGCAUGAAGCAAAAUCAUUGAACAAGUAAUUGCUCCUUUUGUAAAUCUAUAAUACACACCAGUUGUGAAUGAUCCUCUGACCCCACAUUUCCAACUGCAGUAUAGUUUUCCCUGCUUACUUUUGUAUAAAACAAUUUGGUUUAGUUGUUAAACUUCUGUUAACUGUAUAUUAAGAAGUGGAAGAAGUUUGUCUUGAUGUUAGUUCUGUGUAUUUCUGCAUGUAAAUAUAUUCAACAUUCAUAAAGCUAAUAUAUUCUAUAAAGUUAUUCUUGGUAAAAUAUGAAAUUUUGGUAAUUUUCUUGCCCAAAACUUCAGCUGUGUUAAUGGGUACAAAAUUUAUAUUAGCUUUCUGCAGUAUAACUAAGGCAACUCUUAUUCUUAAAAACUGACGCUGAGGGUCUUUUUACUCACUUUAUUUCUGCCCUGAAAGGUAAACAAGAAUGCAUCAGGCAACUUAACUGCUUCUUUCACAGACAGCUGUGCUCCCCAAGGUGUGUAGCUCAAUGGACCAGUCUUAAAAUUUCCUGACCCUUGCCUGCUGUUAUGGCUCUCUUAUUUCAUGACCUUAUAAACACUGCUUAAUACGAUUUUGGAGGCCAGUUUGAGAAGCACUCGUCCAGCUCUGCCUUUCUCUGUGUGUCUCUUCAUAAAGUAAAACCCUCGCUAUAAACUUCCAUCAAGGUGAUGGAACAGCUCAGGCCUUUGGGUCUUGAAACCCUGCUUUGUUUUUCAAGUUGUAAAGCAUAGAAAGAAAAAAAAAAUCCAGGGAAACAUAGGAACAGAAACCCACAGCUCUACUUUCAGAUUUGCAGGCUUGAUGUUUAGUUUCUGAUUUUGUGUAAAUCUGGGAUUACAAAACAGCAUCACUUGUUCAGGGGGUGACUCUGGGUAGUGUAAAAUGCCCUUUAGACCAAGUGGAACUAGAAUGCACCAUUAAUCACUGCAUUCCUUUCUGGAUCUCUGUUCUCUGAGAUAUGCCUGAUGUGGUAGUUUGCCAGCACUGAACUACUUCUUUUAGGCAUUUUUAGAAGUACAGAUCCAGCAGUCUGUACUUCGGUUCUUUAUGCAGAGCUUGGAAAGUCAGAUGCCUGGAAGAAGGAAAAAAACAGCCCAAAUUUUGAUAAGAAAACAUCCUGGAGAUCUGUUCUUACAGCAACCAGGUUUUUUUUAAAGGACUGGAAACAGGAUUGCUGCUUUCUUUUAAAAUCUGGCCUCUGAAGGACAUAAUAGUUGCAAACACAUUCACCUGUAUUACCUGGUAGCUUAGUGUUGAGUCCAGAUCAUGGUACAAAAAACCACCAAUUCACAGGACCAGAAAUUAGGGCCCAGCCAGGGACAGCUUUCAUGUUGCACUAUGGUCCAGUACUGGUCUCAAAACAAACAACUCCCCCCCAAAAACCCAACCUAAGACCUCACCCCUUUCCAUGCCCCCCACUUUCCCUCAGCUGUUUACAGUCCUGCUCAGGUUUUCUAUGUGGUCCUUUAUUCACUGUCCUAUUUUUCUCUUUAUUAAAAAACCCGAUGAAAAGGAAAACAGUCCAUAUCAACAAAUGAUAAAUCAUACUUAGAGACUGCAGUUAAAUUAUUUUCCCCAUAAAUUCCUUCUGUAUCUUUUCUUUGACUGUGAAUAAGACUUUCUUACACUCUGGAGUCAGACUUGGUAAGGGUAGUGUGCUAUGGAAAUAUGUAUCUGUAUCUGCUCAGCAGAUCCUAAUUACAAAUGUCCUUUCAUCUGUUUUUGUGUAAAUCUCUUGUGUUGUCUCUCCAAAUGACCAGCUUGGCAGAGCAGGAAAUUUUCAGCAGAUCUUACUUUGUUCAGUAUGGCUUCUUUUUUGCGUGCAACUCAUGCAGAGGAGGCAAGCUGAAGAGGAGUGCAAAACUUGGCCCAUGGUGCAUUUUAAUAGAGAGAAGGCUUGUCCACAUACCUGAAUACAUCUUGGAAGGGCUAGAAUAAGAUGGUGCUAUUCAAAGGAGUGACAUUAAAAUGACAGGGUUUUUUUUAGUUGAGUGUGUUUUCAUUCAUGAAUUAUUCCUACAAUAAAUAAAAUUCACAGUGUUCAAUAACUCAUCCUUUCUAUUUUCUAGCUACUGGUGGGUGCAACUUACUCCAGCAGCUGUUGGCUCAUAAGAAUUGCACAUUAUCUGGCUUACCUUUUGAAACUUAGUAAAUGCUGUAACCUACCACCAAAUGUAUUACUGUACUGCUCAGUUCUUAGAUACUGUUCUUGCUGCAGCUUUUUGAAAGCAAUAAGAGAAAUUUUCUGCAUAAGUAGUUGCCAUAUGUUAAAGAAUUAUUUUAAAUGGUUCAUUUUUUAAAAUAUAAUUGUGGAUUUGGUGUUUUUAAUGUGUAAAACAAAACUAUAUUAAAGCUUAUGAGAAUGUUUGGGAUGCUGAUCCACAAGAGGUGAUUAUGUCCAUCAGCUCCACACAUUGGAGUUGGUUGGCAUCCCUGAGAUCUGAAAGACUUUGUGGUAACAGUAUUUUCCUAGUUCCAGUAUUGGAAAACCAUCCCACAUGUAUGAGGUAUUACAUAAACAAAGCUGCUAAGUGCUGAAUUUUGUUGUUUGUUUUGAUAGGGCAUUAGUGAUUUCAGAUUGAGGAAAGGUGUCUUAUGUAUUAGAAUUAUUGCUGACUUUCAGAUAUUUGAGAAGUCUCUGUAGUCAGGACCAUCCCUGUUUUCUGCUUCAGUCCAAAAAUUUGUCAUAACAUUGGAGUACCUUGAUGCACAACUUGAUUUAUUAUUUUUGUCUCUGUAACCAAUUUAGCUGGAUGUUAAUAAAUCAUACUUGCAAAAGGUCACAGAGCACCCUGACUUUUUCCCAGGGGUUGUAAGCAUCUUUCUUCAAAGGUUGUUAGUGGCAGCUGAAACAAAUCUCACUGCAGUAGUGAUCUGUGCUUUUUACA